AUGAAAAUUAAAAUACUGAUAUUGACAUACAAUUUGUUUAUUUCAUGUACUUCAUCAAAAGAUAUUAUUACUUAUUUUUGUGAAAACUAUAAGAAGAUUUACACGUGCAUAGAUGGCAUAAAUGUAUACAAGGUUUCAGACUAUUAUUUACUUAUUGAUGAAACUCGUUUUGCUACAAUGCCUGAUAAUUAUCAGGAUGAAUUGUCUCAUUACAUAUUUAAGAAAGAUUUAGAAGAUAUGACUAGAAAGUAUUUUUUAUAUAGUGGUGGUUACAAUACAUGUAGAGAUUUUAUAAAAAAUAUUUUAAUUCAAUACGACAAUGAUCCUAAAAUUAUUGCAGAUAAUAUAUUUAAUGAUUCAAUAAUUUUUAGAAAUAUAGAAUUAAAAACAGAUAAUUUAUUGAACUUUAAUUAUUUUAUGCUUCUUGCAGAAUAUCAAGUUAUGAAAAAAUGUAAAGUAGAUAAUAUUGAGUAUCAUGAAGAAAUAAUAGGAUGUUGUGAAAUUAAAGAAGAACUUGAUAAAAUUGAUUUAUUUCAUUUGUUUGUAGACACUGUCAAGGUAAAACGACAUUUUAAACUCUUAGUUAAGAAAUCUGAUAUAAAUUACAGGAUUGAUAAAGAAGAUACAGCGAUGGAUUGCUCAGGAGAUAGAAGAAUAUGUGUUAUUUUGAAUUAUUUUAAAAAUUCCCACAGGCAAAUUUCCUUUGAAGAUUAUGCUAAAAAUGUUUAUCCCAAUUCUUAUUGUUGUAAAUGUUCAUUGUUUGGUAGAAAAUAUAAAUCUCAAGACAAAAAGCCUAAAAAAGAAAUUUUAAAUUUAAACAUUUUUGAAAAGAAAAAACAGGAAAUUAUUGAAAGAUUAAAAGAAUUCAGAGAAAGAUUUUUCAUAAGUUUUAAAGAAAAAAUAUUGAUAAAUGAAGAAUCUAGAAAUGAAGAAGAAAUGAUAAAACAUAGUAAAAUAAAUAAAAAUACAGGAGCUUAUCGUAAAAAAAAAUCUUUUAAUGCAAGCAAAGAGGAUAAUAAUGAAAUUGCAGAAAAGAUUUUAGGUGAUAGAAAAGCACAAACAAACUUUAAUGGUGAAGUAACAAGAGAAUUUUUAGAUACUAAUUAUUGUGGUUCUGAUUUUGAAGUAAAUUGUGCGUUAAAGUAUGAUUUUCCUGAUAUCUUUGGAGGAACAAGCUUACAAAAGGAUUUUGAUUUGCUGACAUGUGAUAUGAAAGAGCUUCUCAAUAGAUCAUAUGUCAAUGAAGAUAACGUGCCCGUAGGAGCCAAUUUUAAAAAUGAUUGCAGUAAAACGUUUGAGACAAAAGGUAAAAUAAAAUUUUAUGAACAUUUAAAUUGUGAUGAAGAGAAUAUAUAUAAAAAUGGAACUUUUACUGAUGAAUCAAACAAUGAAAGCAUUUUUGCUGAUGAUUAUAACACAUCUGUACAAAAAAAAUCUACAAAAAGAAAUUAUAAAAAUUUAAUGUUAAAAGAUACGACAGCAAAUGAAUAUGAAAACCAUGAGAACGAGAUUUUAGAUAAAAGGCGAUUUGCGCGACGUAUUUUGCAAUUCAAUGACGGCGAAUUUGAAGAACGACAAAAAUUUUUCGAUGAAAAUUUUAAUUGUUCGAAUCAAGAAAAUAAUGAUAAAAAGGAAUUUGACAAUAACGAGUUAAAUAUUAAAAUUAGGAAUGUGCCUGAAUUGAUUGAUACAAAUUCAUAUAAAAAUAUGUUUGGUGCUACUGGAAGUCAAAGUAUUAUGGAUCCUAAUGAAAUUCAUAUUCCUACUUUAAAAAAAUAUGAUAUAGAAGAAGAUAAAAAUUUGAUUGAGAAUGUAGAAAAAUGUAAUUUAGAUAAAACAUCUUGUGAAAUAUUAGAAAAUUUUGAUAAAGAUGCAGGAAUAAGCGGAGAAGAAGAAGGUGUACACGAAACAAAAUUGUUUGAUAUAGAAAAUUUAAAUAAAUCCGAACAGGUUUUACAAGCAAAAGAAAUACUACCAGAAAAAAUUGUAGAUGACGAAUGUAAAAUUGAGGAGAUAGCUGAAAUAUAUCAUAGCUUUUUUGAGCAACAUGAAACAAUAUCAAAGAUGUCUUAUAUUUUUUUUGAAGAAUAUAAAAGAAAUGUAGAUACAAGUAUUGAAGAAGAAUUAAAAAAUGUUUUAAGUGCAAAUUCUUCAGCAGAGACCUUAAAUAUUGAAAAUUAUGAAAACGAAAAGAUUGGUGAGAAAUUUUAUAAUUCAAGUGACAGUUUUUUAGAUGAACAAAAAGGGAUAUUAAAAUCUUAUUCAGUGGAUGAUAAAUCUGUUUUAGAAAAUGCCAGUUCUUUUGAAUUGUGUAAAAAUGAUUUUAAGGUACAACAACAAAAAAAUAGCUCUUGUGAAAAUUUUGAUAAAUUUGAUUCUGAAAAACGAAGUCGAUCAUUAGGAGAGAGUACUAAUACAUUAGAUUAUUUUUAUUCUGAUAGAUUAAACAAAUACAAUUCAUCUCCUGAUUUGACAUUUUGUACUGCAAACAAUUCGAAUACUAGUUUACUAUUUCAAAGAUGUGCAGAACAUAAAAAUGAAGAUUAUGAUACUGUAACCUUACAAAAUUACAGCCAAUAUUCGAAGUCUCCUGAAAAUCAAUCGGUACUAAGUGUAGAUAUUAGUGAAGAUAAAUUAAGUGAUGAUUCUUUUGAAUUAAAUAAUACUACAUCAAAAACUGACGAUAAAGACAAUAAUUUUUCUGCUGCUUUAAAUAACAAAAAAAGAAUAUCUAAUGAUGAAGGAUACACAGAAAGUGUAUCGCCCAAUUCUGACUCGCUUAUUUCAUCACAACAUAGUCCUAUUUUAUCUGGUGAAAAAUUACCACUAAAUGAAGAAGACAGUUUAGUAUUGUCAUCAGAACGUAGUCCUGAAUUUACAGAGAAAAACAAGAAUUUUAUAGAAAAAGAAUUAUCAUAUUUGAAUUUAGAAUAUAACACACCACUAAAUAAGGUUUUAGAUUAUAAUUCUACAAAACAAGGAAAUUUAGAAAAUUGGUUAAAUUCUCAGAAAAAUAGCAUAGAGACAAAUCAGAUGUCAGAAAAUAAAGAUAAAUUAUUUUUUAAUGAUCAAAAUAAAGAGGCAAAAAUGAAUUCUGUGUGUAAUAAGCUUGAGGAGAGUGGCUCAUACAUAUUUGAGUUAGAUUUGUUGAAAGAGGCUAAGAAACAGGAAGAGUUUUAUGACUCUCAAGAUCGGGAUUUAAAAAAAUUUAAGACCAGUCAGUCAACAAAAAAUAAAAAAGCUAAAGAUCAAAACUAUCCUUUAGUACAUGAUAUUAUUUAUGAAAAUUUUUUUGGUAAUUAUGAAAAUAAUGAACAAAAGCCUAGUGAUUCUUCUGGUUGUUUUCAAAACAAUGAAAAAUCUAAAAGUUCUGAUGAUUUUACGAAUUCUGAAUCUUAUUUUGACAGUUUAGAAUUUAAUAUUAACAAUCUAUCUGCUACAGAUGCUGUAAACAUGUCGAGUGAGUGUGAAAAAAAUUCUCCUGUAGAUCAAAAGUAUAUUAAGAGCAUAAAUGUAAAUAAAGAAUAUGUUAUAGAAGAUAAUAAGUGUACAAAUGUAAGUGAUAUGCAUUUAAUGGCAUCAAAUAUUUCAGGUUCUGAUAAUAAUACCAAUGCAUCGGAUAUAGAAAAUUUGCAAGGAAUGUCUAAAAAAGUAGAAGAAAGUAACACAAGACAGCAAAGUAGUAAAGAUAUAUCAAAUGAAAAAGAUGUAAGUAAUAUGUUAGAUUCCAAGAAAAAGUCUAAACUUAAUUACGAUUACUUUUACAUCGAUUUAAAAUCAAAUCCAUCUGAAUGUUGUCAAUACGAAGAUAAAUGUAAAUCUAAUGAUUUUAAUAAAAAAAUCGAAGGUAAAAAUGUUACAAAAUGUGAUAAUUGUUCUAUUCCUGACACUUGCCAUAUCGAAACACAUAAAACAGGAAAUUGUACAAAUGUUAUUAUUCAGAAUCCAAAGAACACAUUAGUAAGUAAUUUUACGGGAAGUAAAACUGAAAAAAGUUCUAUUGAAAAUAAUAAAACAGAGUGUACAGUAAAUAAUGUACUGAAUCAAUAUGAAAAAAUUGCAAGUAAAGAAAAUUUUAUCUCUUCAAAUUGCAUUGUAGGAGAUUAUGUUAAUAAAGGAGAUCAAAAUUUUGAAGAUUCUGUAAAAAAAAAUACUGAAAAUGAGACCUCUUUAUCUUUGAAUAAAACUGUAAACAGUGAUUUUGAUAAACAGGAAGAAGUAGACAUUGAACAACAAGAUAAUAAAAUUUUACCUUUGAAAAAAACUGUAAAUGGUGAUUUUGAUAAACAGGAAGAAGUAGAUAUUGAACAACAAGAUAAUAAAGUUUCAUCUAAUUGUAAAUCUAACUCCUUAAAAAAUAUUUGCCAUACUAAAUAUAUCGAUCCUCUCAAGCCUGAAAAUUAUUUUAAUAGGAUGGAUUUAUUUGUAUCUGGACAACAACAAUUUAACACUUGUAAAUCUAAUAAUGAGAAUAUAAAUAAAAAAAUAGUAUCUGCAGAAGAUACUGAAUUAUUAAACACUAGUAGUUAUUUGUAUUUAACAGAAGAUAUUGAAAAUUCAUUUGUGAAAAACAUGACAAAUUGUCAAAAUUCUAAAAUUAAUAAUAUUUUAGAUAAACAAGAAGUUGAAAAGGCUUUAGAAUCCAGCAAGUAUUUACUACAAAAUAAUACAAAUCUUUCUAAAGAUCUUGUAAAAAUGUCUUCUAAAGAUAAAGUUAAUAUAAAAAGUGCUAAUUGCAAUAACAAGUCUGCUCUAAAAGAAAAUAAAUCCAUCAAUAAUUCUAUGCAUACGAGUUUGCCUAAUGUUGCAUUCUCAUCUGAUUCCAGUACCACUAGAAUUACAUCCCCAGGUAUUCGCAAGAGAAGUAAAAGCUUAUUUACUUCUAUAAAAGGUUUAAGCAAAUGUUCUAAUAAAAUUAAAAGCCAGUCAAAAGAUAAAAAUUUAGAAAAUGAUAUUUUAAAUUCUAAACUAAGAAAAUCAUACUCUUCCAGUACAUUAGAAAAGUCUAAAUGCCCAUCCUUUAAAUUUUCUAAAUUUACUAAAAGUGAAGAUAAAAUUAAUAAACCUAAAGAUUUUAGUUUUCCUUAUAAACUCAGUAAACGUAUGCAUGAAUUAGCACUUCCUAAAGUAUAUAAAAGCUACGAAGAGAUUUAUGGUAGAUCAUAUCACUCGACAAAUUCGCUUGAUUAUUACAACAGAAAAAAUUCAUUUUCUAAUUUGCAUCGAAAAAAUACAAAUUUUGAAGAAAGUCGUAAAAGUUGGCCAACGUUUACAAAAAGGCUAAGAAAGCAAGAAAAAAAUUAUAGUUCUAGUGAUAAACUUAAACUAUUAAACAAUAAUUUUAAAGCUGUUGCUGAACUUGCAAUGGCUUUAAAUGCAAAAAAAAAGUCAAGGCAAGCUGUUAAAGUUGAUACUUCUGAAAGUAGCACAACUACAAUAAAAUUAACAGACGUGAAGGCGCCACUCAAUAAAAAAAAUAAAAAAGAAGAAUCAUCUUCAACUGAGAGUACAAUGAAAAAGUCUUCUGCUAGAAGUUCUAAAGAUCGAAAUUCAUCUUCAACUGAAAGUUCGUACAGCACCAGAAGUAGACCUGUAGUUGGUAGAAAUGUUAGUAAAUUACCCGAGAGUUUUUUAGCUGAUGGUGAAACUAUGAAUGACAAACACGGUAGAGCUUUUGCAUCACAAAGAAAAAUUGAUGAACUAUCAAAACCUAAAGAUAUUACUAAAAUAGUUACAAAAGUUAUAAAAAAGCAUCCUGAACUGAAAACUGAGACUAAAAGAAAGAAUAAAUAA